CCCCCCCCCUUUCUUUUCUGUUCCCCUCAUAAAUAAAACACAGUGAAAAGCCAAUUAGUAAUUGCAGAAGAAAACACACAUAAUGCCAAACAACAUUUUAGGAAGAAACCUUAAUCUCUGUUUCUCCAAGUCAAAGUCCCAGUCCCCGUCCCCCAAACGCGAAACUCCAGAUCCCGGCCGUCCAUUUUUCAUCAAGAACUUCAACUCCCUCUACGAUGCCGCCUCGGAAUCAGCUCCCUUCCCCGAUUCCUUCUCCGCCGCGGCAGCAUACGACGGCGGCGAGCCGGGAUUCGUCUCCGCCCCCGACCUGGCCGCCGUCCAGGCCUCCCGCCGCUUCUUCUUCUCCUCGCCGGGCCGCUCGAACUCCAUCGUCGACUCCUCCUCCGCGUCCUCCUCCAGAGCCUCCACCUCGUUCUCGUCCCCGACGGAGCCCGACGCCGUCUUCGGCAGCGGGAGCGUCGCCGUGCCCACGAUCUCCCCGGACCCGUUCUUGGAUUUCCGGCGAUCGAUGCAGGAGAUGGUGGAGGCGCGGCAGCUCACCGACGUGAGAGCUAACUGGGACCGCCUGCACGAGCUCCUCAUGUGCUAUUUAACUCUCAACCCCAAAAGCGCCCACAAAUUCAUCGUCGGCGCGUUUGCCGACCUUCUCGUCAGCCUCAUGCCACCGCCGCCUGAAUGCCGCCGGAGACCCGAAUCCUCCUCUGUCCGGCGAUAUUAAAAUGAGCUAUCAAAUAACUUGGGGCGACACUAAGAUGAUGACAUCAUUUUGACAUCAAGCUUCACAGAGACAUGCCAAGAUAAUACUCCCUCCGUUCCACAAAACCCUUCCGGUUUUGACUUUGGGGAAAAAUAAGAAAAGUGUAAUUUUGGUUGACUUUCCAAUUUUGCCCCUGAUGUGAUGGAGAAAAGUAAAUGUGAUAGUUUGGU